CCUUCGAGGUAGAAGUUUUGGCCUCAGCAGCACCCGCCUUGGGGCGCCCAGGUGUCCCCCACGAAUGCACUUGGUACCGCCCGGGGAUUCCCCGCCGCCGCUGCCGCCUUGACGUCAAGGAGUCCCCGGGAAGCCCCGCCCCCCUGCUCGGCUCCAGCGAGAGCUGUGCGCCGCGGCCGGGGACUGGGCGGCCAUGGCGGGACCCGGCUCCCCCGGCGGCCCCUCCGCGCCCGCCGCCGUCUGGAAGCGCCACAUCGUGCGGCAGCUGCGGCAUCGGGACCGCACGCAAAAGACGCUCUUCCUGGAGCUCGUGCCGGCUUAUAACCACCUCCUAGAGAAGGCUGAACUGCUAGCCAAGUUCUCAGAAAAGUUGAAGUCAGAGCCAGAGGAUGUCACCUCCACCCCGCAUCGGGACUGCUGGGGGCAGUUCUCCCGGCCUGCCUCUGACCGGGUCUCCUCAGCAGCCUCUCUGAGGAUGAAGUGGCAGCAGGAGGAGAAGGAACUGCAGCUGGUCUGUGGUGAGAUGGCCUACCAGGUGGUGAAGAAGAGCGCAGCCCUAGACACCCUGCAGUCACAGCUGGAGGAGCGCCAGGGCAGGCUGGAAGCCCUGCAAGCCUGCGUGGUACAGCUAAGCGAGGCGCGGGCGCAGCAGACCCGGCAGCUGGAGGAACUGCAGGCGGAGAACGCAGCGCAGAGAGAAGCCUACCGGGCGCUGCUAGAGCAAGCAGCACACCAGGAGGCCGCACUGCGCAGGCUCCAGGAGGAGGCACGGGACCUGCUGGAGCGGCUUGUGCAGCGUAAAGCGCGUGCGGCUGCCGAGUGCAAUCUGCGUAAUGAGCGAAGAGAGAGGGCCAACCAAGCCCGGGUGUCCCAGGAGCUGAAGAGAGCGGCUAAGCGGACUGUGAGCAUCAGCGAGAUCCCAAACACUCUAGAAGGUGGGGCCAGGGAGGAGCCUGCACCUCUAUCUCCUGUUGCUACACCCGAGUUCCUGGAGAGUGAGACUUGUGAGAAAUGGAAGAGGCCUUUCAGGUCUGCCUCGGCCACCUCUCUGACACUGUCCCGCUGUAUGGAUGUGGUGAAGGGGCUGCUGGACUUCAAGAAGAGGCGAGGUCACUCGGUUGGGGGUGCCCCUGAGCAGCGGUACCAAAGCAUUCCUGUGUGUGUAUCUGCUCAGAUUCCUACCCAGGCUCAGGAUGUCUUGGAUGCCCAUCUCUCUGAGGUCAAUGCUGUUUGUUUCGGCCCCAACAGCAGCCUCCUGGCCACUGGAGGGGCUGACCGGCUUAUCCACCUCUGGAAUGUCGUGGGAGGUCGCCUGGAGGCCAACCAGACCCUCGAAGGAGCUGGUGGCAGCAUCACCAGUGUGGAUUUUGACCCCUCGGGCUCCCAGGUUUUGGCAGCUACUUACAACCAGGCUGCCCAGCUCUGGAAGGUGGGGGAGACACAGUCCAAGGAAACGUUGUCUGGACAUAAGGACAAAGUGACAGCUGCCAAAUUCAAGCUAACAAGGCAUCAGGCAGUGACUGGGAGCCGGGACCGGACUGUGAAGGAAUGGGACCUGGGCCGCGCCUACUGUUCCAGGACCAUCAAUGUACUUUCCUACUGUAAUGACGUGGUGUGCGGCGACCACAUCAUCAUCAGUGGCCACAAUGACCAGAAGAUCCGGUUCUGGGACAGCAGGGGCCCCCACUGCAUCCAGGUCAUCCCUGUACAGGGCCGGGUUACCUCCCUGAGCCUCAGCCAUGACCAGCUGCAUCUGCUUAGCUGUUCCCGAGACAAUACACUCAAGGUCAUCGACCUGCGAAUCAGCAAUAUCCGACAGGUGUUCAGGGCGGAUGGCUUCAAGUGCAGUUCUGACUGGACCAAAGCUGUGUUCAGCCCUGACAGAGGCUAUGCGCUGGCAGGCUCCUCAAAUGGAGCCCUGUACAUCUGGGAUGUGGACACUGGGAAACUGGAGAGCAGCCUACAGGGACCGCACUGUGCCGCUGUCAACGCUGUGGCCUGGUGCUUCUCUGGGAACCAUGUUGUGAGUGUGGACCAAGGCAGGAAGGUGGUGCUCUGGCACUAGGGGCACAGUUUCCCUGUAUGGACUGGAGCUGUGUUCUGAAGCCCGAAGCCAGAGAACGGCCUGCUUCUGAUCAGGACUCCAGAGCUGCGCUUUGACUCAACUGCAGAUCUUAUGUGAGGGCCUGGCAGGACCCGGCCUGUUCGUUUAAAAUCAAAGUGUGAGUCACGGAUUACAAUUUUUUAAAAGUCUCCGGGUGGUGAUGGCACACGCCUUUAACCCCAGCACUCGGGAGGCAGAGGCAGAGGCAGAUCUCUGUGAGUUCGAGGCCAGCCUGGACUACAGAGUGAGUUCCAGGACAGGGCUCCAAAGCUAUACAGAGAAACCCUGUCUCAAAAAGUCAA